AUCAAUUUCCGACAACGACUUAGAGUCUUAGAGUCUUAAUCAGCUUAACAAAUCAUCAUUUAAGCAAACAGUUCACCUAGACUCGGUGACGUCAGCCUACUACAACACAUCCAGGACUUUUCACAGACACCUUUUUUUGGUAAUCCUCUUUAUCGAGAGGAGCUGUCUGAUCAGCACCACACUGUGCGCUCCGUUCGUGCCAGGAAUAGUUCCGUUAUCACAAGCCACAUUAACGGGCUUACACUCCCCUGAUCGGAUUUUCCACUCCCGAUUUUGCCGGUCGGACAUCAUGUCGCUACUUUGUAGAGAUAGUUAUACAUGAUGGUUUUUGCGCAGAGCCGUUUGGAGUACACUUUUACGCACUGAACUCAGCAUCGGGCUCCACUUAGAGUGCUGACAAUUUAACUGUGAGGUUUUCACCUCUUUCUUCACUUCUCUGAGCGACACAAGCCGCCGGUAUGUUUUCACUCUUGUCUGGGGUGUUAUGUUUUUGUGCUCUGGGAUGUGGUCAGCUAACAAACAGGCAGGCGGACGAUGGAAAGCGCUACAUCUGCCGGGCAAUACCCCUCACGGGCGAUGCCAGUUGCCCUGUGACUUUGCUACCCGAGUUAAAUGCCGGGGGUCAAGAAGAAGAGCUCAGAAACACGGUCAUGCAGCUAAGGGAGACGAUUUUACAACAGAAAGAAACGAUUUCCAAACAGAUUGGCACCAUCAACGAGCUUACCACCAAGCUGUCUCUGUGCGCGUCAGCCACCGCGGAUAGAAAGUACGACAAAGGGGGAACAUGGGGCAAAGACAAACAAAACACGAUGGGGGACGUUCCCGGGGAUCCAAAUGAAACUAUCGACACUCUUGGAAAAACCAUGCAGGGGCUCAAGGACCGGCUGGAAAACCUUGAGCAACAGCAAAUGAGGGCCAACAUAUCUGGAGCCUCGUUCCCCAGUGAGCUCCGUGACCUGCUGCAGCAACGUCUUGGAGAACUGGAGAAACAGCUCCUGAAAAAAGUCAGCACCUUGGAGGCGGAAAAGAGCAUGCUGUCCAAUGCCACAGCUGCCUACAGGCUGAAAACAGAGAGCACUCUAAACGCAUUGGUGGAGAGGAUCAAUGAGUUGGAGAAAGGCGGAGGUGACUUCAUAUCCCCAGAGCAGUUUAAGCUGUCCCUGCCCCAGCGUACCAACUACUUGUAUGGCCGUAUCACCAAGAGCUUGCCAGAGAUGUAUGCUUUCACUCUCUGCAUGUGGAUCAAGUCCAGCGCCAGCCCUGGCAUAGGCACGCCUUUUUCUUACGGUGUACCAGGGCAAGCAAAUGAGAUUGUGCUGAUUGAAUGGGGCAACAACCCAAUUGAGCUUCUCAUUAAUGACAAGGUUGCUCAGCUUCCCCUGGAGGUACGCGACGGCAGGUGGCACCACAUCUGCAUCUCUUGGACCACGCGAGACGGUCAGUGGGAGGCUUACCAAGAUGGGGAGAAGCUGGGAGCUGGUGACAACCUGGCGGCCUGGCAUCCCAUCAAGCCUGGAGGAGUGAUCAUCCUGGGGCAGGAGCAGGACGUGGUGGGCGGGCGCUUUGAUGCCGGACAGGCUUUCGUGGGCGAGCUGAGUCAGGUGAACAUUUGGGACCGCGUUCUGAAGCCCGUCGAGAUCCAGUCUAUGGCCAACUGCACUUCGUACGUCCCCGGGAAUAUCGUCUCCUGGCUGGCGAGCAACGUCGAAGUUUUCGGGAGGGGAGCGUUCAAACGGCCCUUGGAGAUAUGCCAGGAGAGGUUGCCCAAUGCUUAAAAAACCUCUCAGCCUGUCAUUUGAUUAGUUAAUGUUUCCAUCCAUUCAACUGUUUUUUAUUUUAAGUAGUCUGUUCUUACUGUGAGGCAGCUUGUUCAUUUUAUUUUUUUAUAGAUGGAUGCUUUUCGUAGUCUGGUUUACAUGUACAGCUUUGGGAUUACUGAACCGAUUCUGAAAAAGGACAAAAAAAGACCCCACUGAGAUUACAGCUGUAACAUUUUGACCAUUUGGUGUGAUCCAGCGUUCAGGGCCGCACAUCUAAGUGUGUAUUGUUUCGGCCAGCCUGGUCACAAUCACCUCUGCUCGCUGUUUCCAGUGGCAAUUAGAGCGCUCCUUAGUGACAGCAGUUUCUUCAUCACGAUUAGGAUACUUGACUUCAACAGCUGUAGUAACAUAGUCCCCGCAGGUAUUGGUGCUAAGACGUAAAACGACCCCCCCCCCCCUCCCACACACUCACACACUCACUCCGAAGCUCUGAAGUAAUGAAAAUCCAUUCUAGUGCAGCACGCUUGUAGUAAGACAAGCACAUUCAGGUCCAGACCGACGUUGCCAUUAACAUGUGAGCGAGUGUUGCGUGCUGUGUAGGAGGAAAGAUUAAAAGGGUGGCUAAUGUUAUGCCACCUCUUUAACCAGGCAAUAGCACUGAGCCAACAGCAAUCUGAUCCUCACAUGUUUGGCUCUUUUAAAGGGAUAAUACUAAAAAAAAACAACAGAAAAACCCAAAGAGCAUAUUUCAUGUGGCACUGAUGGAUGAAGCACAUCUGUGAUAGAACUAAAUCUCUGUAAGACAUGCUGCUGAUUUCAUUUUAUAGCUUACGUAGUGAAAAACAAAAGUGGGAUGCAUAUCUCAAUGCGUAUCUCUCACCAGUGCUGCUGCUUAUCACUGUUCUCUCUUCCUGGCUUUUUCCAUCAUAGGAAACGGUGAUUCAUAUUGAAAACAUACACACAGCUUCUGUGUUGUGAAGAAGAAGAGUAAAAAAAUCAAUUAAGACCUUAUAACAUGUGCUUGAAUGUAAAUUUGAAUGUAACUUUCCAUUAUGUAGUGUCUCUGUCCAGAAAAAAAA